AGGAAAUUAAAAGUUGGGCUCCGGGGCGCGGGAGCUGAGAGUUAUGGCGGCGGCGGCGGCGGCGGCGGCGGUAGUGGCCCUUCUAGCCUGUUUGCUAGUGAGCGGGACCGGGGCAGACGUUUCCGGGGACGAGGCCCGCGAGGCAGCGGCCGUGCGGAGCUUGCUGUCGCGGCUGCUGGGGCCCCGGGCGGCCACGGGCUUCUCGGUAUCGGUGGAGCGCUCCCUGGCGCCGGCCCCGGGCGCCGACACGUUCCGCCUGAGUGGCGGCGGGGGUGGCAGCCCCGUGCGGGUGGCCGGCUCCAGCGGCGUGGCGGCCGCGGCCGGCCUGCACCGCUACCUGCGCGACUUCUGCGGCUGCCACGUGGCCUGGUCGGGCGCGCAGCUCCGCCUGCCCGAGCCGCUGCCCGAAGUGCCCGAACCGCUCACCGAGACCACGCCCAACAGGUACCGCUUUUACCAGAACGUCUGCACGCAGAGCUACUCCUUCGUGUGGUGGGGCUGGGAGCGCUGGGAGCGAGAGAUCGACUGGAUGGCCCUGAACGGCAUCAACCUGGCGCUGGCCGCCGUCGGGCAGGAGGCCGUCUGGCGGAGGGUGUACUUGACUUUAGGCCUGAAUGAGACAGAGAUAGAUGAGUACUUCACUGGCCCAGCCUUCCUGGCAUGGGGGCGCAUGGGCAACCUGCACACCUGGGGUGGCCCCCUGACCUCCUCCUGGCACCUUAAGCAAUCUUACCUGCAGUACCGGAUUCUGGAGAGGAUGAGAUCUUUUGGGAUGAAGCCAGUGCUUCCUGCGUUUGCAGGCCAUGUCCCCAAGGCAUUUACUAGGGUGUUCCCUCAGGCCAAUGUCACACAUCUGGGCAUGUGGGGCCACUUCAACUGCACUUACUCCUGCUCCUACCUCCUGGCCCCAGAAGACCCCUUGUUCCCAGUUGUGGGCAGCCUCUUCCUGAGGGAGCUGACCCAGGACUUUGGCACUGACCACAUCUACAGUGCUGACACCUUCAAUGAAAUGGAGCCGCCUUCCUCUGAGCCAGCCUACCUGGCUGCUGCCACAGCUGCCGUCUAUGAGGCCAUGGUUGCAGUGGACACUGAUGCUGUGUGGCUGCUACAGGGCUGGCUUUUUCAGAAUCAGCCAAACUUCUGGAAACCCCCCCAGGUGAAGGCUGUGCUGCAGGCUGUGCCCCUUGGCCGCCUUCUCAUCCUGGACCUUUAUGCUGAAUCCCAUCCUGUCUACUCCCACACUGACUCCUUCUAUGGGCAGCCUUUUAUUUGGUGCAUGCUGCACAAUUUUGGGGGGAACCAUGGGCUUUUUGGAGCCUUGGACGCCGUGAACAGGGGCCCCUCCACUGCCCGUCUGUUUCCCAACUCCACCUUUGUGGGUACGGGCAUGGUCCCAGAAGGCAUCAACCAGAAUGAAGUCGUUUAUGCCUUGAUGGCUGAGCUGGGCUGGAGGAAGGAUCCCUUGGCUGACCUAGGGGCUUGGGUAGCAGGCUUUGCAGCCCAGAGGUACGGGACUGCCCACUCCUGUGCAGAAGCUGCCUGGAGGCUGCUGCUACAAAGUGUCUACAACUGUUCUGGUGCGUUGUGCACUGGCCACAACCACAGCCCCCUGGUGAAGCGACCAUCCCUUCACCUGGACUUUUCUGUCUGGUAUAACCGCAGUGACCUGUUUGAGGCCUGGAGGCUGCUGCUGGAAGCAGCCCCAGAGCUGGCCUCCAGCCCUGCCUUCUGCUAUGACCUGCUGGACGUCACAAGGCAGGUGGCCCAGGAGUUGGUGAGCCUGUACUAUGGGGAGCUCAGGACAGCCUUUGAGGCGGGGGCAAUGCCGGCCUUGCUCACUGCUGGUGGUCUGCUGGUCUUUGACCUACUGCCCUCCCUGGAUGAGCUGCUGGCCAGUGAUGAGCGCUUCCUCCUGGGCAGCUGGCUGCAGCAGGCCCAAGAGAUGGCUGUCAGUGAGGCUGAGGCCUGGCAUUAUGAGCAGAAUGCCCGCUACCAACUGACCCUCUGGGGACCCACGGGGAGCAUCCUAGACUAUGCCAACAAGCAACUGGCCGGCUUGGUGGCCGGCUACUAUGCCCCCCGAUGGAAGCUCUUUGUGGAGAUGCUGGAGAAGAGCCUGGCUGAGGGCACCCCCUUCCACCAGAGCCAGUUUGAGAAUGAAGCCUUGCUGUUGGGGCAGGACUUUGUACUGGGGAGGGAGAAGUUCCCCACCCAGCCUCAGGGAGACACUGUGGACUUAGCCAAGAAAUUUUUCCUCAAGUAUUACCCAAGGUGUCAAGCAGGAGCCGUGUGACCCCCACCCUACCACAUCUGGGAUAUUCAGUAGUUUGUGGGAUCCUAAAUCCUAUCAGUGGCCUAACUUGGGACCUCUGGGAGUGGAUAGUCUGUCCUUUGUUCACAACUAGGCUGUGUCUGGUUCCUAGAGACAGGAACUAGAGUGGGCUCACUAAAGAGACCUUUUUUAGCUAGGAUGAGAGAAGAGUCAUGACGGUCUGGGAUUGAAAGCUGGGGCAGCUAGGUGGCACAGUGGAUAGAGCACUGGCCCUGGAUUCAGGUGGACCUGAGUUCAAAUUCAGCCUCAGACACUUAACACUUACUAGCUGUGACCCUGGGCAAGUCACUUAACCCCAAUUGCUUCACACCAAAAAAAACAAACGGAAGUGGGCCCUGUGAAUUGAGAGUAAUUGAGGCAGGAGAUAUCCAUGCUGUUCUCUCUAGAGGAGAACUCUGAAGAACUGGAAAUCAAAUCACUAUUUUCUAUCUCAUUCAAUCAAUAAAUCAGUAUUUCAGCAUGUCUGUUUAGAUCUGUCCUCAGAGGAGCCAAGCAGAAAUGUGUAUUGAUUAAGUAGACGUGUUUCCCCUCCCCUGAAACUGUGAAAGCAGCUACUUUUGGCUCCAAGCAUCUGCCUCUUGCCUCAGUU